AUGGCUACCAAUGACAAUUACAAAGGUGUGAAUGAUAAGAUACAGCUGAAUAAGAAGGCUCUACGUCAUGCCACUACAGCGGAUGAUAUCAAAGAGCUACUCUCAUCUCCGAUGGAUAGACCUAAAAUGUUCAAUAGACAAAGUUCUGUAAUUUUGGCUAAUACGGGAGAAAGAGUACGUAGAACGAUUUCAUUUGCAAAUUCGAGCUAUGAGAGCUUUGAUGAUAAUAACGUUACUGAACUGGAUCCAUUACUACCUCAAUCAGACAGGCGUACAAAUCCAAGACUGGUUGGAGUAUAUUUAAGUUGGAAAUACUUGCAUGAAGUUUAUCAAAAUGACAUUGUCAGAAGUGUGCUAAAGUGUUCAAUAGCUUAUUUGAUUGCAUCUAUGGGUGUAUAUUAUACGCCAUUCGAUGAAUUUUUGGGAAAAACUGAUUCUAAACAUCUAGUUGCAACUGUUGCUGUAUAUUUUCAUCCUUCAAGAUCGAAAGGGUCAAUGUUUCAAACGUUAUUAUUUGUUGUGAUAUCGUUGCUAUUCAGCUUCAGUGUGUCAUUUGCAUGUAGGUUCAUAGCUGGAACUUUCUUUAAAAAUGGUGAAGAUGAAAUCUCAUAUUCAAUUGAUUUGAUCGUUAGUUCAAUUUCCUUGGGUGUAAUUGCAUUUAUGAAACAAAGGGUAAAUAAGCAAACGUUUAAUACAGCAUGUUCUUUAGCAUCUAUAUCAGUGGUAGCUUGUGUUGUUAAGGAGGGCAGUUUGAAUGCUGCUGAUAUUCCUAUUGAAAGACUCCGCUCAACAGCUCAAGUAGUCGUCACUGGCUGUAUUAUCUCAGUGGGUAUGUGCUACUUGCUUUGGCCGGUUAGCGCAGUAGAUAAGCUACGCAGUAAUCUCAAUGAUUCGUACAAUAUCAUGUCUUCGCUUCUAUCAAUCAUUCCAAAUAGAAUAUUAAAAGGAGCUAAAUUUACAAGUAGAGAUGCCGAGUAUUUCAAUGCUUUAAAGAAAAAUAUAGCUCAAUUGAAUUCAAGCUUUGAGGAAGCUAAAUUUGAAUUAAAGUUUAAAGGAAGGGAGCAGGAAUUAGCAAUUUUUGCUGAAAUGGUUAAUGUUACAAUUUCUUUGACGAGAAACCUACAAGCAUUGAGAAGUUCUACGGAAAUGCUGUGGAAGUUAUUGCAUGAAGAAAACUCUGAAGAACAAAAUAAUGAGAGCCAUUCAAUUUCAAGUCUAGAGAGCUAUGAAGAUGAUAUUUUGAGAUUAUCACAAUCAACAGAGUAUUUAACUAAUAUCAAUACACCGACUAUUAGUGGUGACUCGUCUAAUAUAGACUACACAGCAAUUAACUCGACUCAAUUAUUUGACUUAUUUGUUUACUACUUGGCGCCAUCAAUGAAGUCAUUUAUCUUCACUUUGAAAGGUGUAUUAAGUGAGAUACCUUUUGAGAAUAAGUCAUCACCAAAUAAUUUUGUCAACACUACAAACUAUCAGAAUUCUUUGAGAUCUGCUUUGGAGUUAUUUCAUGAUAAGCAAACAAAAUCAUUUGAAAAAAUAUAUGCACAAGAAAUCUUCAAGCCGCCAUCUGACUUUUUUUCCAAGGCAGACCAGGAAGAAGUAACAGCUUGUUGUGGAAACUUUUCAUCAUUGUUAAGAUUAUUCGCGGAAGACUUGAUAGAGUUUUUACAAUUGGCAGAAGAAUAUGAAAAAUCACGUACUACUCCAAGAACAUGGAAUUGGUUAAAAUUUUGGAAGGGUAAUCUGGCUAAUGAUAGCCUGAUAAUUGAUGAAAAUUCCAACCUUGAACAUUCUCUAAAUGAGGCGCUAAUUAAUUUUCAGAACCACCUUGGAUCAGGUAAUACCAGUCGUGUAUCCAGAAGCCCUAGAGCAAUUGAGAGAUGGUCUUUCAGUCUAUGGAAGGCCUUGAAAGUAUUCCGUAGAAUUGACGUCCAGUUUGGUAUUAGAGUUGGAUUAGGUGCGUUUUUCCUUUCCCUAUUUGCGUACCAUCCACUUACAAAACAUACUUUCAACCUUUGGAGAGGUGAAUGGGCCUUAACAAUUUACUGUAUCAUGAUGAAUAAAUCAUUAGGAGGAACCACUAUGACUGUUAAGUGGAGGUUCAUUGGUACAUUUUUAGGUGCGGUCACUGCCUAUAUAAUUUGGAUAUUAACUGAUGGUAAUGUUUAUGCGUUGUCACUAACUGGCUUUCUCUUGUCAAUACCAUGCUUCUAUAUUAUCAUUUAUUGGAAGAAAAAUAAUGCAUUUGGACGGUUUAUUUUAUUGACUUACAAUUUGACUGCAUUAUAUUCCUAUAGUAUGACGCAAAAGGAUACAGAAGAUGGAAAUGAAGGGGGUGAUGAGCCUAUUAUUGGAGAAAUCGCCUUUCACAGAUACGUUGCAGUGUCCGUUGGUAUAAUAUGGGCUCUUACUAUGGCAUCGUGCUUCUUACCCAACAGUGCCAGAGGAAGGUUGAAGAAUGGGUUGGCCAUUUUAUGGUUGAGGAUGGGUGUUAUCUGGGAUAGUGACCCAUUAGAUUAUGUUUACGAUCUGUCAGUAAAUAGUUCCUGUCUUAUUGGAUUGAAGGACCAAAAGGGAAUCAAUGAUUUAUUAGCAGAAUGUGAGACUCUUUUAAAACAAGCCCCGAUUGAAUUUAGAUUAAAAGGUAGUUUCCCAAAGGCCACAUACGAAAAGCUAUUGAAGUCUACGUCGACAAUUAUAGAUGCAUUUCAGAAUAUGAAUCACAUGGUUAGAGUUGACCCUAGAUUGAGUGCAAAUGAGGAAUAUGUAUUGAAAUAUAUCGCUGCAGAACGGAGUGAAUUAGAAGAUAGGAUUUUCUUGAUAUUCUACAUGAUUGCCAGUGCCAUGAAAUUAAAUUUUCCAUUGCCAGUUAAACCCGCAUCUAUGGAACAUGCAAGAGAUAGAAUGUUAUACAAACUUAGCGAAAUACGAUCAUACAAUGCAACCGAUUCUGAAUUAGCUUUAAAGAAUGAAGACUAUUUCUUACUAUACUCCUAUACUCUAGUCACUUCAUCUAUCGCUGAAGAGUUGCAUAAAAUUGUUGAUGUUAUUAAGGAACUUCUUGGUGAAUUAUCUGAAGACAUGUUUCAAUUUGUAUAG